AACUGCGAGCCUACAAAGCUGACGACACAUUUACCGUGUUUUUACCACGUCCCUUCACCGCGUUUGUGGGACGGAGUGAAGUUUGAGUUUGUUGGACGCGACACCGAGGCGUGUUUGUGCGCCACUUCCUGCGGUUUAAUCUCUUGUCAUUGAACGGAUUCGCUUCGAUCGGGAUCAGCGUUACAUUUGUGUAACGCAUUGACGUUUAGAGCGGUUAUUUCAAGCCGAAAUGCGUAGAAAUCACACGCCGUGUUGUUGAUCUGCAGUUAAAGAUCGGGAUGUCGGAUGAGGACUCGCGCGCCAGCUCUAGUUCAUCCUCCUCUUCCUCCUCUUCUUCCACCCAUCAGCAGCAGGAGAAAGACACGCCUGGGAAAAAGAGAGACAGCAAAGCCAACAUGAGCAAGACCUCCAAACUCCUCUCCACCAGCGCCAAGAGGAUUCAGAAAGAGCUGGCUGACAUCAUGUUGGACCCGCCGCCGAACUGCAGUGCGGGUCCUAAAGGAGACAACAUCUACGAGUGGAGGUCCACUAUCCUGGGUCCUCCAGGUUCAGUGUAUGAGGGAGGAGUGUUCUUCCUGGACAUCGCUUUCACUCCGGACUACCCCUUCAAACCACCCAAGGUGACGUUUCGCACGAGAAUCUACCACUGCAACAUCAACAGUCAGGGUGUGAUCUGUCUGGACAUCCUGAAGGACAACUGGAGCCCGGCGCUCACCAUCUCCAAAGUGCUGCUGUCCAUCUGCUCUCUCCUCACAGACUGUAACCCUGCUGAUCCUCUAGUAGGAAGCAUCGCCACGCAGUACACAACCAACAGACCUGAGCACGACAGGAUAGCCAAACAGUGGACCAAACGCUAUGCCACAUAAUUCCUCCGGCCGCCGCUGCCGGACGUCUGUGGGGUGGGGUGGGGUGGGGAGGAGCUUUGGGAGGAAAUGGGGGGAUGGGGAUCCAUAGGGUAGAGAUACAGCGUGAAUUUUAUGAUGGAAUUUAAAUUCCCAUUUCAAUUGUUUUCUUUCCCUGCAUAUUUUUUGUUGUUGUUGUGUUUGUUUCCUUUGGCUCAAGUAGCAUCAUGAUUUGACAAAAAUGGAUCUUAAUGUGUGUUUUCUUUGCCUUCCUGUUGUAAAUUGGUUUUAUUUGGAGCUUCCUCAUUCUUGUCAAAUGAAGUCACAGCAUGAGCCUAUGGCAGGAUUGUCCCAUGUAUGUAUUUCCCCACCAAUAUUAAAGUUGACGUUGUUGUACAGA